AUGAACGACACUACGCCCUCUCCCAGCCCGAAACUCACUUCGUCAACACCAGCAACAGCCGGCACCAAGAGAAAGCGGACCACCGCGGGGAAAUACUAUGCGGUAAAGGCAGGCUAUCAGCCAGGUAUCUACUAUGAAUGGAAUGACUGCUUGACCCAAGUGACGGGGUACAAGGGCGCAGUCUUCCAAGCGUUCCCAACAUACGAAGAGGCAAAUGCUUUCCUCACAGGUACUCGUGCUCCCGCUUCCGGUGGCGCCACAACCUCAAGUUCCGAGCCGACGCGAUUCUAUGGUAUUCAGCGUGGACGGGUACCGGGGGUAUAUACAGAUUGGGCCAAGGCGCAGGAACAGAUCAAAGGAUUUGCACGUCCGCGAUAUAAGAAGUUCUCCACGCGGGAAGAGGCGGCCGAGUUCGUGAAAAUGGGCCAAGGAGCGGGUGCUACCUUCGCCGGAGGUCCUGCUGGCCCAGGAAACCUACCUGGAGCACCCGGUCUUGUGGAUGAGAUUCCCAAGGACGAGCAGGGGAACCCAGUCAGGCCGGGUGAAGGUCCAUUGCCGCCAGGCGCGGAAGACGGAUUCGACCCCAAUGUGCUUCUUGACCCAGCCACGGGCAAAGUGGUCCACAAGACACUCGAGCAGAAGAAUGCAACUAAGUCGCGGCCAACAGGGCCUCCGGGGAUGUUGCGGAUCUAUACGGACGGUAGCUCCUUGAAAAAUGGCAGGGAUACGGCCGCUGCAGGGGUUGGAGUCUACUUUGGACCAGGAGAUACAAGGAACGUCUCGGAGCCCUUGCAAGGAAGUCGACAGACUAAUCAGCGGGCAGAAUUAACUGCCAUUCUCCGAGCUCUCGAUAUUGCUCCUCGACAUCGGGAUGUGACCAUCGUCACUGACAGCCGAUAUGCGAUUGACUGCGUAACUGUCUGGUUUAUCAAGUGGCGGCGGAACAAUUGGUUGACUGCUGACCAAAAGCCCGUCGAAAACAAAGAUUUGAUUGAGUCCAUCCUGGUCAAGAUUGAGGAACGCACUGAGCUCAAGGUCAAGACCCUGUUUGAAUGGGUGAAAGGACACAACCGCGAUCCCGGAAAUGAGGCUGCCGACCGUCUGGCAGUUAGCGGGGCUCGUCGGGGUGUCUCAGAGAAAGCAGCAGCUCUGGAAGCCGCUAGGGAUUUCCCUGACGAGGUGCUGGACGAUGAUUUAUUCGGAUUGUGA